UUAACUGGCUCUCCAUAGCCAGGAGCCAAACUCUACUAAGGAAAAAUAAGAAGUCAUUCAUCCUCCUACCAGAAGGGGCAAUAUUUUGGAGGAACCUUAAAUGUGAAAGGAUGUAUUCACAAGGAUCUGACUACAGCUACAGGCGGCAGGAUGGUGACAGAAAUUCAAGACAGAAGUGGGAUGAUUACGAUGACAGACGGGAAGACAGGCACGACUUCUGCAGUAAUACUCCUCGGGCCUCUUAUUAUAAAUACAGCAGCGAAGGACACGGUAGCACUACCAGGUUGAGCAAAAGUCAAGAUUACAGCUUGUCUCCUAAAACACUCUGCAGUUCAGAUUCAGUAAGCAGAGAGUGGAGUAGAAAGAGCCCGGAGAGGAGGCUUUUGUCCCCACCUGGUUGGGAUGUGCCUGAAGUGAAAAGGCGAAGGCAAACAGAAGAAGGUGAUGUGGAUUAUAGAUAUAAACGGGAUUCCCCAGAGAAAGCUCACAGGCUGUCACCAGCAAGUUUUUCACGUAACCAGCAGAUAGGAUAUUCGUCGUCACAUGAAGAUGAUGCCAGAUACAGGAAAAUGUCACCAUAUUCCAGAUCCAGGAGUCAACGUGAAGAGUUGCCUCACAAAUACCAGUAUAAGGAUUUCUGUGACAGAGAUUCAUCUGAUCGUUUUGAAGGAAGUGCUUAUCAGAAUAGGAGACCUGGGUAUUUGCUAGAGAAGACCCUCUCACCAGACGACGCUACAAAGAUUCAAGCCAAGAGAAGAGAGAGAAUACCCAACCCCUCGACAUCUGGGUAUUAUGAUGAAUAUUAUGAAAGCAGAACCACGGUGCCUCUAAAUGGAUCCAGUGGACAGUCUUUUAAAAGCGACGCCCCUCCACAGAGAGCCGCACUCCCUGACGACAAGUCGUCCAAAGGCUUCCAACGCUUUCUUGAAGUGCUCAACAAAGGCGUGAAUGUUGACGUUCUCACUCAGAUAGUAAGUCAGAGCCCUACACCACAGUGUGAUGGGCCCAUUAUUCCGAGGUCUUUUGUGAAAGUUGCAGAUCAACAGUGGUCUCCCAGUUGCAUUGAGAGGCAACAGAAAUCCUACAAAGACAACAGCUACUGGAACGAAAGCAAGGGCUCCCUCAGGUCGACAUCUCCGCUUCCUCAUCAUCGGUCCGCUAGUCCAGACAGGAAUGUCGUGUCUGUUGGCAGCAAAUCCCCUUCGGUGGAAAAGACGACUAUGACACCUGAAGAUGAGCAAAAGCGCAAGCAAAUGCAAGAUGUUUUGCAGGCUAUCGGCGUGGAUUUGGGAUUGGAGGAACUCGGUCAAAUGUCCCAUCGAAUUCAGGAACGUCUUUAUGGUAAGAGGGAUAACGAGCGUGGCCGCAGAUUAAGUAGAGAAAGAGGCGUUGGACAGAUGUUCACCGAGGGACGCAGAAGUAGAUCGUCGUCAAGCAGCUCUAGUUUUAGCCAACCACAUCAAAGUUUUUAUACAAGGAGAGACUCCUUAAGCAAUCCAAGGGACGAAGCAGACCUGCAGCGAUCUGAACGCAGUUCAGAGUUAAAAAGGAGGAUUUUUGAGGAUGGUCAGAGCAGUGAGGAGAGUCAAGUAAGCACAGUGAAGAGCAUCCCUGUACUGAAUGUUUCUUCCAUACCUAUCCCUGCUGUAAGGCAACCUUCUCCGGCACUGAUGUCUCUAAUUCCUCCAAGGCUACCGUAUACUCCCAUCAACCAUCCACCACCGUCAUACCUGACUGGUCCUCCACCUCCGCUUCCUUUCCCGCCUCCUGCAGGACCAGGAAGUUUCCUUCCCCAUGUGAAUCCCAUGCUCCCUCAUCCUCCCUUUCCACCUCCAAAUGUCUUUCCUCCGCUGCUCCCUCAGGGGAGACCGUCAUUCCCACCGAACCUGCAGCUUUCCGAUCCAACAAACGUAGAUGCUCAACUGGCCAUGAAAACAAAGCAAAUAUCAAGAACGCAAGGAAGGCCCCGCUUCCUGCAGGUUAUUAAGUAAGUGUGAUAUGUCAUCGUUUAUAUGCUUUUUUCUUAUUAUUUGGAAAACACUGAAAUAGACAUAGUUUGUAGCUUUUUCUUAUUUGUUUUGUAAAAUGCACAAAACAAACAAUGUGACCUGGUUGGAGGUAAUUUGUAAAAAAUAAAAAUAAAACUGUUCAGUUCAUGGUCAUAAAGUAAAUAGAUUUUGCUUGAAGUCAUCGUUUCCACCUAGGAAUGACACAUUAUUGCAUUUGAUGAAAGAGAAUAAAUACUGGACAUCUAUCAUAACUGAACCAGCAGUUGAGUUUAGUGCCUAACAAUUGACAUCUGUUUGGUAUCCAAAGUUAAUAAAUUCUGAAUUCUGCCACGAGUCCAACUCUGGCUUAGAAAAAUGUUCUUUUGCAUGCAUAUAUUUCCUUUUUUUUUUUGGACUGAUUUUGUUAACAUAAAGACAGAUUAUUGAAUUGUCAGGUUUACCUCAUUAUUUGUGUGCUUGUAGUUGCCACUUGUUUAAUAAUAUGAAGUGUACAACAUUAAAAAGUUAUUCAAAGGAAA